AUGCUUCUAUGCCUGACAGGUUCUGCCACGGGCCAGUGCUGGAGGAAUCUCACAUGUGAUGGCCCUGCGGAGGCCUCCUUUCCAGGUAUAUGGGACAACAACAACUACGCGCCAACAACACGGACUAUUUCUCCCGUCUCUGCCUUGCUAUGGCCAGCCCUGAGUUCGGUACCCUACUCUCAAACGCAAACAAUCAGCGGCAAUGGAUCACUCGUCACCUACAACUUUGGUAAAGAGGUUGGAGGUAUCGUGCGCUUCAGCUACAACAGCACCGGCACUGGCACGUUGGGAGUUGCGCUCACCGAAGCGAAGAACUUCGUGGGCUACACGUCCGAUUCCUCAAAUGGUCUCUUCACUGGUGCCGACCUUUGGCUCAACGCUACUCUGACUCAAGGCCCUGGCCAGUAUGUCAUGCCAGACGAGCGGCUCCGAGGUGGCUUCCGUUACAUGACCCUGUGGCUUGCUACAAACACCAGCACGACUGCUUUUUCCGCCUUCAACAUCACGGUUGAACUUGACUUCCAGCCUACCUGGUCAAACCUCCGUGCUUACCAGGGCUAUUUCCACAGCAGCGACGAAUUACUCAACCGAAUCUGGUAUGCAGGUGCUUACACCUUGCAGAGCAAUUCAGUCCCCACGAAUACCGGUCGUCAAGUGCCCAUGCUGGUCUAUGGCUGGGCGAAUAAUGCAACGCUGUCACCAGGGAACACUGUCAUCGUCGACGGCGCCAAGAGGGAUCGAGCAGUCUGGCCGGGAGACAUGGGAAUUGCGGUACCCUCCACAUUCGUAUCGACCGGCGACCUCGAGUCGGUCCGUAAUGCCCUUCAAGUCAUGUACAACUAUCAGAAUAUGACGACAGGCGCCUUCGACGAAUCUGGCCCACCGCUUAGCCAGACAGGCAGUGAUACAUACCACAUGUGGACUAUGAUCGGAACGUACAAUUAUGUGCUUUAUACAAAUGAUACGGCUUGGUUGAUGCCUCUCUGGGAGCAAUACCAACACGCCAUGCAAUUUGUGGUUGACAAGAUUGACAGUUCAGGUCUCAUGAACGUUACCGGAACCCGAGACUGGGCGCGGUGGCAGCAAGGCUUCCACAACACCGAGGCGAAUAUGAUCCUGUAUCAGACAUUGACCACGGGCAGCAAGCUUGCCACUUGGCUUGGUGACGUCGACCUCACAGAGAGCUGGACCAGCACUGCAACCGCUCUGUCCAGCGCCAUCAAUAGUCGGACCUACGACAACACAGCCAACGCUUAUAAAGAUAACGAUACAUCUACCACUCUCCACCCUCAGGACGCGAACAGCAUGUCCCUCCUCUUCGGAGUUGCACCAACAUCGGACGUUCCAGGCAUCGCAACAUCCCUGACACAGAACUGGACACCCAUUGGACCUGUCACGCCUGAGCUGCCAUACAAUAUUUCUCCAUUCAUCUCCAGUUUCGAGCUGCUCGGCCGUCUUACAGUACGCGAUACUGCUCGUGCUUUAGAACUUCUUCGCACGACAUGGGGAUGGAUCAUCAACAAUCCCAACUCUACAGAGUCGACUCUGCUCGAAGGCUACUUGUACAAUGGAAGCUUCAGUUACCGCUCCGACCGUGGGUACGACUACGAUGAGGGCUACGUGAGUCAUUCACACGGCUGGAGUUCUGGUCCGACGUCCGCCCUCACGCAUUACGUGCUGGGUCUGGACGUGCAGAGUCCGGCGGGCGGUGAGUGGAGUUUGGCGCCGCAGCUGGGAGACCUGACUUUUGCGGAGGGAGGAUUCACGACAAUCUUGGGCAAGUUUAGUGCGAAGUGGGUGCUAGAAAAUCAGGGUGUGAGGAUGACAUGGGACACGCCAGUAGGUACUUCGGGGACCGUGAUUGUGCCGCUGCCCGCCGGGGCUGAUAGCAUGGUCCUCGAGAUUGAGAGUGACGGCGAGCAGAAGAAUCAGACAUUGGGUGUUGCUGCGAUCAGCGCGUUUGGUGAGAAGACUGCUGAACUUGGUGUCCCGGGCGGACAGGGAAGAAUCUGGUUUCCUCUUUGA